ACCCUCCUCAUGCUCCGUAUCUCACCAAAGCUGUCCCACACUGCCGCACGCCUCAGAACACCCCGCACACCUGCCGCCGCCGCCGCCGCCGCGGAAAGAUGAAAGCCAUCGGAAGCGGCGGCGAGUGGUGGUGGAACCUCCCGUCUCUCCGCCGCAAGAACGAUUCGCGCCGCCGCGGCCGCCGCAACCAGGACGCUCGCGGCCGCCGCCGCGGCCCCCCGCGGGAGCCGCUCUCGUCGUCGUCGUCGGACUCCGUCGGCCAAAGCCGGGGCUGGCCCCUCGACUUCCCGUUCCAGCAGGCCGUGACCGCCGCCUGCCUCACCCUCACCGGCGACACAAUGGCGCAGGUCCACCGCCGCAUCGUCGACCGCCGGAAACGCGGCCCCGAACCCGACAGCAAGGCUCUUGUACCGGAUCUAUUGCUCAACCAUGAUUGGCUUCGUGGGCUCCGUAUAGCAUCUUACGGGUUUCUUCUCUAUGGUCCUGGCUCAUAUGCAUGGUAUCAGUUUCUUGACAAAAGCAUGCCCAAGCAAACACUCGCGACUCUGUCCGCUAAGGUCCUACUGAACCAGAUUGUUCUUGGUCCAUGUGUUAUCUCUGUAAUUUUUGCCUGGAAUAACUUGUGGUUAGGAAAAUUGUCAGAAUUGCCAUCUAAGUAUCAGAAUGACGCCCUUCCCACUCUUCUCGAUGGGUUCAAAUUUUGGAUUCCAGUAUCGAUUGUUAACUUUGGGAUGAUUCCUUUGCCUGCUCGUGUUGCCUUCAUGUCCUCUUGUUCCAUCUUCUGGAACUUCUAUUUGUCGACCACAAUGAACAAAUGAACUUCUAGUUCUCAACUUCAGAUCCAUUCAACUGCAGCAGAGGAGGAUCUGAAGGGGCUUCUUUCCUAUUAUACAUAGUAUGGCGGUGGUGCCUCGGGCAAUUCUGGUGGUGGUCUCUUGAGUUGACAGACAUUAUUGCAGAUGAUCCAUAAGUAUGUGGAUACGGUCGAUGGAGAAAUUACAGUUCUUUCUAAACAUCUAUGAGCAUGUUGCUCUAGUUUGACAGUGAAAGUGUUGUAACCUGUAUCAUUUGUUCAGUGACCUUGAACUUUUAUAUGACAAAGACAUUAGUGCAGGCCUCUGAAUACAGUUUUGUAAGUGCCAUUCUCCAGGAAUCUGAAUUCCGUUUUUGAAAAUUAAACUUCAAUGUGUGAGUUUCUAUGGACAGUCCAAGAAAGAAUAAAAUGAAGAUCGAAGCAGGUUCCAGCAUCUUUAA